CUACAGAGUCAGCGCAGCUACCAAAGCUCCUGCUCUCGCCGCUCCCUUGAAUCGGGAAAGGGAUACACGCUCGGGGACCCUUGGGCAGCAGAGAACUGGGCUUACCACUCACGGAAUAUUGGGAAAAGAGGGUUGAGCGCGGUCUCGGGCAGAUGACCCCUCCCUAACUCGGGUUUUCCAUCCAGGCCUGAGGCGCUUUCUGCAGCGCCACUGGGCUGCGCUCGAACCUUUCGGCCAGGGUUCAGAAAGAGGGGCACCACUCUAAGAGUCUCUCCCUACCCUCGCCCCUUGCUCUACCCAGGACCGUGGCACCCCUCCCUCCAUUUUACACCAAAAUUCAAAAGCGGGCAAGGCGGAAUCUUCUGGAAGGGGGCGUAAAUGGAACUCAAGAGGCGGGGGUCGGUGUGGAAAGAGCAGAUGGAUUAUUUUUUUUUCUCUCCUGGCGAAUGAGCGCCCCGGGCUACCCCUCCUCAUGAAACCCCCGCCUCAAGCGCGCAUGCGUACUUAGGCGGCGGGCGGGUACUUAAGGCACGGCCACCGCGGCUGCGGCAGUGCGCCCAACAGCGGACUCCGAGAUCAGCGGACCUCGGCGAACCCUCGCUCUCAACCAACCGCUCUCCACUCUCGAAACCAUGGCGGCAGUGGCGGCAGCUUCGGCCGAACUGCUCAUCAUCGGCUGGUACAUCUUCCGCGUGCUGCUGCAGGUGUUCCUGGAAUGCUGCAUUUACUGGGUAGGAUUCGCUUUUCGAAAUCCUCCAGGGACACAGCCCAUUGCGAGAAGUGCUCAGGUACUCCCUGCAGAAGCUGGCGUACACGGUGUCGCGGACCGGGCGGCAGGUGCUGGGGGAGCGCAGGCAGAGAGCCCCCAACUGAGGCCCCAACUCCCAGCCCUGGGCGGCCGCGUCAUCAGGUGCUCCUGUCCAUCUCAGCCAGCAUGGGAGCCAGUGCCGCGCAGGAAUGGGGGGUCCCCCGUGCUCCCUCGCCAGAGGAGCACUUGCCAAGGUCAGUGAGGGGCCGGUAGGUCCUCCGGAGAAGCAGCACCGACCAUGAUGACCAGAUCCCUUUCCCCUGUGCACCGGUCCCACUGUGGGGGCAGGGGCGGGGGCAGGGGGGUGGGGGGAGCAGACCCCUGAGAUCUGGGCCUAGGCAUCACAUUCUGAUCUGGACCAAGUCAGGACAGCGCCAUCCCAGCCCACAGCCAAGGCCAUGCCAGCAGACCCCACCACGGAGAUCCAAGCACCACACCAGCCAGCAGAAUGUGCCUCCGGACAUCAGCAGCUGAAGCCCAGAAUCUCGGGGCAGCAGAGAAGGCGCCAGAUUGCGAGCCCGAGUGCCGGGACUGGAGGGCGGGGGGAGAUGGUUAGGAACCAGUGGGAACCAGUGAGGGCCUUCUCGCCGGCCCCUGCUAGGGCACGUGCAUUCCAGCCUUGCUGCCUUUUGCUCUCUCCACUCCCCUUUCCCUCACUGCCUCCAGUGCUCACCCCGCACCCCCCCCCCCCCAAAUGUGCCACUUGAUUUGGACCUGUUCAACCAGUAAACGAAUCCCGCCUUUAAAAAUACCUUCUCUGAGCUGCCCCUCACUGAUCUUGCUUUUCCCUGGUCUCACGCAGUUGUGGUCAAUAUUGUGGUAUUCGCUAAUUGUACUGAUUGUUUAAGUGUGCGUUAGUUGUGUCUCCCCAGCUAGAUUGUAAGCUCCUGGAGGACAGGGACCACCUCUACAAAAAAUAAAAACCAGUCCCUCCCCUGUCCCGCACAGUGUCCCAGGACCCUGCGGGGCGGUGGAGGCACACCAAAAACCUG